GGCGUUGAAAUGCCUGGUACGUCGGGGCAGCAGGACAGAGCCCAGGGCGCGCGCGGAGCUUCCUGGUGACUCGCUCCUCCUGCCGCAGCCAUGAUGGAGAAUUCCGACAAAGUUCCCAUCGCCCUGGUGGGGCCUGACAACGUCGAGUUUUGCAGUCCACCGGCGUACGCCACGGUGACCGUGAAGCCCUCCAGCCCCGCGCGGCUGCUCAAGGUCGGAGCCGCGGUCCUCAUUUCGGGGGCGGUGCUGCUGCUCUUCGGGGCCAUCGGGGCCUUCUACUUCUGGAAGGGGGGCGACAAUCACAUUUACAACGUCCAUUAUACCAUGAGUAUCAAUGGGAAAUUACAAGAUGGGUCAAUGGAAAUAGAUGCUGGGAACAACUUGGAGACCUUUAAAAUGGGAAGUGGGGCUGAAGAAGCAAUUGAAGUUAAUGAUUUCCAGAAUGGCAUCACAGGAAUCCGUUUUGCUGGAGGAGAGAAAUGCUACAUCAAAGCACAGGUGAAGGCUCGCGUUCCUGAGGUGGGCACCAUGACCAAACAGAGCAUCUCCUCUGAACUGGAAGGCAAGAUCAUGCCAGUUAAAUAUGAAGAAAAUUCUCUUAUCUGGGUGGCUGUAGACCAGCCUGUGAAGGACAACAGCUUCUUGAGUUCUAAAGUCUUAGAACUCUGUGGCGACCUUCCUAUUUUCUGGCUUAAACCAACGUAUCCAAAAGAAAUCCAGAGAGAAAGAAGGGAAUUGGCAAGAAAAAUAGUUACAACUACCACAAAAAGACCAUGGAGUGGACCACAGGGCAACCCAGCCCCUGGAAGACCAAAUAAUGAAACCAGACCUGGUGUUCAAGAGGAUUUGGACUCCUUCAAUCCAAACAACCCUUACCAUCAGCAGGAAGGGGAAGGCAUGACAUUCGACCCUAGACUGGAUCAUGAAGGAAUCUGCUGUAUCGAAUGCAGGCGGAGCUACACCCACUGCCAGAAGAUCUGUGAACCCCUGGGAGGCUAUUAUCCAUGGCCUUAUAAUUAUCAAGGUUGCCGUUCGGCCUGCAGAGUUGUCAUGCCAUGUAGCUGGUGGGUGGCCCGCAUCUUGGGCAUGGUGUGAAAUCACUUCAUAUACCAGUGCUGUAAAGUAAGAAUUAACUUUAGACAACCAAACUAUGAGGCACCGUGAUGAUGAAGGGACCACAAAGUAUUUUAUACUCAAUCUGAGUGAUGUUAUUCAAGACACUUUUAACAGAAUACUUUUUAAUAGCUUUACAGAACUUUAUCCACAAUGUGCAAAUGUACUGAAAGGGUAGUUUAAGUCUAAAAAUGUCAUAAUAGUCCUUUUAUUACUUAGUAUUUUUUAUUUGCUUUGCUUUGCUUUGCCAGUAAGGCCUGCUUAUAAGACUUCUUUCCCAAGCUAUUUUGAAAUAAACAUGAAAAUUUACAAUUUG